AGUCGCACAUGCGCACUGAAGGGGAACUGAAGUCUCCGGAGCAAGUAUUCCUCUAACUUUCAUUGCAUUUCCUUACAGGAAAAAUAAACUAAUAGAAUUAUUAGUGACUCAGCUCAUUUAUUCCCCACUAAAUCGGACAAAUUUUGUUGUGGUUAAAACCCUAUCUAUAACAAUUGGGUAAAGUAUAAAAAAAACCCGAGACCCGUCCUCCUGAUUAAGUCUUUCAUCAUGGAAGAUCAGGAGUUCCGGAAGCUUCUGGUGCAGGUUCACAACUCCUUGAGCCAGAAUGAGAUGCUGGAGCUCGUGUUCCUCUGCUCUGAUAUUCUCAAGAAAGAUCUCAGUGAUGUAGUCACAGCCAGAGAUUUGUUUUCUCUCCUGCAGAAGCGUGACCUGCUAUCCUCUGACGAUUCAAGUUUGCUUGUUGAGCUGCUGAAGAUCAUCAAACGUGAUCAACUUAUCAGAGACCUGCAAUUAAAUCCACAACUCUCACGCAGUCGUGUCUCCCCCUUCAGGCGGAUGUUAUUUGAAUUGUCAGAGAACAUCUCAGAUGAUGAUCUGCGCAAUAUAAAAUUUUUGCUGAACAAUACUUUACCCCGCAGGAAACUACAGCAAAAUGUGACAGUACUGCAGUUGUUUCUGGAAAUGGAGAAGCGAGGCUACAUGAGUGCAAAUAACCUUGGCACUUUAGAAAGCAUCACUGAACCUGUAUGCCCUAGUUUAAAGAAAAUAAUCAGUCUUUAUCAAAAGGAGAACGGUUCUAGUGUUCCUGAAGAAAUGAAAGGCAGGGACAAGUCUGAUUCCCAGGACACCUCAGUAACCACCAGACCAGAUCCGCCUGAGGACACUGCUGCAUACCACCAAGAAGAGCCCCCCUCAUAUUUGAGUCAUCCACUGUGCACCGAGGAGCAUUCCUCAGGUAAUGCUGUACAAGAACACGUUGCUCACUUGCGUCUUUCUGAAACUCGAAACCUCGCCGAAGGUGACAGGAACCUGAGCUUUCCUGAGCCUAACCAAAAUAACACACCGAAGCUGGAGCAAUAUGACAUGAGUGGAGAUUGGAGAGGAUUCGCCUUGAUCAUCAACAACUAUGAUUUCUCAAAUUGUCAAGAACUGAAGAAUAGAGAGGGGACAGACAUAGAUGAGAAGAGUUUAGUUGCUGUACUCCGUUGGCUGGGGUUUGAAAUUGUGAAAAGGCAGGACUGCAAUAGGGAGAGCAUGCUGGAGGCUCUGGAUGAGCUGCGCCGGCGAGAUCACACUCAGGCUGACUGCGUGGUGUGCUGUGUGCUGACUCAUGGCUGUGAGGGUGGCGUGCAAGGGGUGGAUGGAAAGACAGUCUUGCUAAGGGAGCUGAUGGAGCUGCUUGAUGGCAUUCAUUGCCCUUCCCUCCAACAAAAACCCAAACUCUUCUUCAUCCAGGCCUGUCAGGGUGUUCACGAGCAGCAGGUGGUCUUCCUUCAGUCAGAUGGUCCUAAUAACACCUCAGACGUGGAGUUCUUCUGUGAUGCUGAAGUGCCCAGAGAGUCCAUACCUGCAGGGGCUGACUACCUAGUGGCCAUGGCGACAGUGUCAGGCUGUGUCUCAUUCAGAGAAAAAUCUAAAGGAUCCUGGUUCAUACAGUCACUGUGUAAGAACCUCGAACAGCUUGUGCCAAGUGGUAUUGAUCUGCUGUCCAUCCUGACUAAAGUGAACAAUGAUAUGAGCAAGAAGGCUGACAGAACUGGAACCAGAAAGCAGAUGUCAAAGCCAGAAUUCACACUGACUAAGAGAAUAGUGUUCCCUAUACCAAAAACCCCUAUGCCCCCCUGAAUCAUCAUUUAUCUGAUUACUUUAUCUGGAUUCCUAUGCACAUGUAUGCAAGCUCUUACUCAAGACCUUUAGGAACUGUUUUUUUUUAUUAUUUUUUUUUAAAUGGUCAUAGUUAUAUAUAUUUUAAUUAUUUGACAUUUUAAGGCCGGAUGAACGCACACACCACUGACAGUUUAUGAAAGACACGACAGCAGUAGACAACAGAAUUGUACCACUAAUUGUAACAUGUGCCAUACUUGAACUACCUUCAGUUUACAGUGCAUUACAGUACAUUACAUUUGGGUUUGCCAUCAUGAAUGUGGAUAUUAAAUGUAUCUAAGUGUGUUAAACACCAAAUUAAAUUAGGGGUUUAACAAUAGUGCAAAUGUGAUGAGAGGAUAUUUUAUAUAUUGCCUAUUUUUAUGGAGAAUAUAAAACAUUUUUCAAAUCUAUUUUUUAUAUUGGGUACAUAAAAUGUAUUUCUGCUGAGUUCAGUAACUCAGUAAACAUCAUACUGAAAGACUUUAACUGUAGCCCUUGUUUGAACCCUAUAUUUUAGAUACCGCUUGUAAAGUAUGUCUGAUUGUUUUUAUAAUACUUUGUUAUCCAGGAUGAAUUAAACACACUCCAAUUCUGAGCUCAGGUUACUUUACAGUAUGGUGUUUCGCAUGUUCUCCCCAUGUCAGGACAAAAUGUUUACUGAAGAUGAAUGAAUGAUAAUAUGAUGUGUAAUGUUAUUAUGGGAAAUCAAAUCAAGGUAGCCUAUUUCUCUCUUGAAAUUAAGAAUAUAAAUUAAAUUGAAAAGAAA